CUCACCCAAGGUGUGACCUGGUCCAUGAUGGCUAGCCCAAGGAACACUGAACCACUGAUAGAGAGCCACUAUGUUGAUAAUACUUGCACAAUGGAUAACUGCAAUGCUUGUAAUGAAAUACUUGCUGCCAUAAGCCUUGUAUCUAGCUAUUUUGCAACAAGUGAACCUGAGAUUGAUGCACCGGUGGCACAAACGCAAGUUCAGUAG